UUGAUAUCCCCGAGGACAAAGAGCGUGGUGAUGGCUGUGACAGUAGUGUGCUGACUGUGGCGAGAACAACACUGACCUGAUUGCGAAAGCGAGGACAAGUACACCUAGCAUCCGUUCCCCUUGUGGCAAGGAGUCACUUGGAAUAAACAAGCAAGCGAACGGUUAGUCACCCAGGUUCACGGUUCACUUGGUCCACCCAGGUUAUUCUCCUGGUCGGGCGUUCCCUACACCAUCGCAGGCCACAGACCUCCCAUCCAUGAAGUUUUGUCCCUGUGUGGUGCAGAUGAAAACUUGUUCUUGAACCUUUUCACACAGGUGAGACUCGUGAACUGACAGACAGUCGGGUGCCUCCAUUGCACCGGCGACUCCUCCCUCGGGUGGACAACGAGAACUGUACCGGCCAGAGAUGCUUCUGUGGUUGACAUCGCUGGCAGUUGCCUUGACCUUAGUUGGAGGUCAAGGUAACAACAGUGACGUGGAGGAAGCGAGUCUGUUCCUGGAGGAGUACAACAAUGUUUCGCAAACAACAUUUAACCGAAACAUGGAGGCUGCCUGGACCUUUAACACCAACAUUACCAAUGAGAACCAGAAGAAAAUGGUCGAAGUUCAGCUUGAGACGGACCUGUGGCAGCAAGAAAUGGCUAACAGGGCGGCUGCCUUUAACACUUCUGCCUUCAACGCCACAAUGCAACGGCAGUUCUACAAGAUCAAAGACAUCGGCACGGCCGCCAUGACUGACCAUGGAAAGCUACAGAAGCUGAAUGAGGUGCUCUCCGACAUGGAGUCCAUAUACAGCACCGGCAAAGUGUGCUUCGCUGAGAACGACUGCAAGCCACUGGACCCAGAUAUCACUCGUCUGUUCGAGACUUCCAGAGAUGAACAGAAGUUGAGGAUCGCUUGGAAAGGCUGGCGGGACCAAACGGGACGCAAAAUGCGGGACCUGUACACGACCUUUGUGCAGCUGAAGCAACGAGGGUGUGCAGACUUUGGGUGGCAGACUUUGGGGUACGCCGACACGGGUGCGUAUUGGAGGUCAUGGUAUGAGAUGGACACCUUCGAUCAGGAGGUCAAGCGUCUGUUUGAACAGUUGAAACCGUUGUACGAGCAGCUGCACGCCUUCGUCAGACAACGCUUGAAGAAGCAGUACGGAGCCGCCAUCUUCCCUCAGACUGGUCACAUCCCUGCACACCUGCUAGGAAACAUGUGGGCGCAGUCCUGGAACUCCCUCCAAGAUCUCCUGAUGCCCUUUCCGUCCAAACCUAUUCUAGAUGUGACUGAAGAAAUGGUCAAGCAGAAAUAUACACCUAGAAAAAUUUUUGAAGUGUCAGACGAUUUUUUCAAGUCACUGGGUAUGAUCGAAAUGCCUUUUGAAUUCUGGAACAAAUCCAUGCUGGAGCGACCUGCCGGUCGAGAGGUUGUGUGCCAUGCGUCUGCGUGGGACUUCUACAACGGCCGUGACUUCCGUGUAAAACAGUGCACUGAUAUCACAAUGGACCACUUGUCAACCGCUCACCACGAAAUGGGUCAUAUCGAGUAUUUCCUCCAGUAUAGGAACCAACCCCUGGUCUUUCGCGAUGGUGCUAACCCAGGUUUUCAUGAAGCAGUUGGCGAUGUCAUUUCGCUGUCCGUAGAGACACCGAAGCAUCUGAACAAGAUCGGUUUGCUUCCGAACUAUGUCGAAGACAACGAGACCGAUAUCAAUUUCUUGAUGGCGAUGGCUUUACAAAAAAUUGCCUUCUUGCCCUUCGGUUACCUCAUAGACCAGUGGCGCUGGAGCGUCUUCAAAGGCGUAACAAAAGCUUCUGAUUACAACAAGGCCUGGUGGAACCUCAGGUGUGGUCUUCAAGGUGUGUCUCCACCAGUCCCAAGGUCUGAAGAGGACUUCGACCCUGGCGCCAAGUAUCACAUUCCUGGCAACACUCCCUACAUCAGAUAUUUUGUGAGUUACGUGCUACAGUUCCAGUUUCACAAAGCCCUGUGUGGUAUUGCGGGUCAUAACGGUCCCUUGCACACCUGUGACAUCUAUAAUUCAAGUGCAGCGGGUCAGAAACUCAGUGCCAUGCUUAGCAAGGGAUCAUCUCAGGUGUGGACAGAAUCUCUGAAGGAACUGACAGGCCAGACUACGAUGAGCGCACAGCCUCUAAUGGAUUAUUUCCAGCCGCUCCUCGAUUACCUCCGUGCUGCCAAUGGCGACGAAGUGGGUUGGUCUGAUGACUGCCCCUCGUUUGCCGAUCCUCUGUCGUCAGCUGGUCAUGUCAGACCUCUUGCUGGACUUACAUUCAGCCUCGUUAUUAUCGCUCUGGCUAAUUACUUGGUGUGAGGCGCGUGGGAUGAUGGAUCAGACGAAUGAGACGAUGUUAUUAAAUUAUCAACUUUAACGGGGCCACAAGGCUUCGAACAAGGGGAUGGUGAUUAGACUAAAUCCUUUGAAUACUGCUUUUAAAAUGCUAAAUCAAAAGGGCGGUAUGUUCAUUUUUGCGUUCUCUUUCCUUUUCUUCCUCCUUUCAGUCAAAUUUUCUAUAUGCAGAACCAGAACUGACAGUAUCGUUAAUACAAGUCAAUAAUGACACCUUUGUCAAACUCAAGAAUUAGAGUAAAUUCUCUUAUAAGUUCUUUCAAUGUAAACAGAAUUACUUCUUUUUUUUUAUAUCGUGCUUUCAUUAAAUACACGGACAGGUGUUUUUGGUUAGUAUCUGUAUCCUUUACGGCAAAGCGUAAUGCAUAAUAAAUCUUUAUAUCUCCAUGUGAUUACCGGGACCAAAUGACGCGUUUAAAGCUGACAUGGCUUCCCAAAGUGAUUGAAAUGAAGUUUUACUCUUUUAAGUCCAAAUUCAAAUCCAUUCUGAUGUCAUGAAGUAUUUUAUAUAUUUCUGUCAUUAGGCUGUACAAUAUGCAUAAACACGCAGCAAAACAGAUGUUUGAUAUAUUUACAAUUAACAUGAUUGUAAAUCAAUUAUGCAAUGCAAGGAUUAAAAUGUUUACUUGGAAUAUUAUAAGAGUAUUUCAAUUGAAAA